CGCCUGAUGCCGAUCGCAGCAAGAGGCAAGCCGGCGAUUUGCUGGCCGGGGGGACGACGUUCGUCAUCUCGCGGCGGGGUGGGUGCCAAGGGGCUCCUGCGUCGCGGAUCGCUGCUUAUCGACGCCUCGAGUGGGCCCGUCGUUGGGCGGGGCGGGUUCGUCUCUUCAUUUGGAGCGAAUUGGAAGGGGAGCCACCAAGGCCGCUUUUCAUCUCGUUGGGUGGGAAGCUGGAGAAAACGGGGAUGGAGCGGGCGGGUGGCGGUAGCGGGAGCGGAGACGAGACGAAACGAGAAACGACCAGAGAGAGAUUGGAGAGAUGGGGGUGGGCAGCAGGGCAGGGGAGUUGUGUUUCUUCCAUCCCCAGCCACAGCUCAGUCAGCGCUUUCCCUGCGCUUUUUUGCGGGCGUGUCGCGUCGCUGAAACAAGGGUCCAAGCCCGACACGCGCGUCUACAUCACGUGACGGGGCAACAUCAAGUUGCAACCUUGAACCCGCUGGAUACAACCGCAACCAUUUUCUCCACGAUCUCCCUGGAGCCUGACGGGCAAAACGCCAAGCGAGGCACGGGGGCACGCGCAUUGCCGUUUGCGGCUUCCUGUCACAGCCUUAACCCGGGAGUCUAUGGGGCCUGCCGCCCUCCGCCAUAUCAAUCUCCGUCAUGGCUUCCAUCGCUCACCGCACUUUUCGGGCUUGUUUGUCUUUUGUUCUUUCUGUCGCCUUUUUGGCUGUCGGUGUCGGGUAAGGGUGGUGUAUAGUACUUAUUGUGGACUGUACGUAGCUAGCGAAACCCCCCAACCCCCCGGCGACGGGUGGGGGCUCCCCGAGUAAUCCGUACCUAGCUAUGUACCUU